CUAAGUACCUGAAUUUCUUGAUGCAGGAUGCUGUUUCCGUUGGUAUUGUGUGCGGUCGUGCUAACAGGGAGCGGUAAAGUUCAAGACGACGAAUGGAUCGACCCCACAGACAUGCUCAAUUACGAUGCAGCGUCAGGAACAAUGAGAAGACCCUAUAAGGCAAACUAUCAUGACUCUGAGGAUAACACCGUGGAUACAGUCAGUCCUGAAAUCUUAUCGAGUUGUUCCAGGGAAGUAGAUUCCUUGCAACACAAGAUUGCGGAAUGUGAGAAGAGGAAUGCCAAAUCACACGAAAGCCGUAGCUUUUCUAUUUUUAAGCGAUACUUGAAUAAGAUUUUAAAUGAAGCUGGAAAACUUGGCCUUCCUGAGGAAAACGUGGGCCACGUUCAUUACGAUGCUGAGAUCAUCCUUACAAAACAGACAUAUUUGGAGAUCCUCAGGUUUCUCAAUGAGGAAGCCUGGCAGUCAGGUGCUGUGGAUGAUGCACUUAGUGAUAUUUUGAUCAAUUUUAAGCGCCAUGAUUAUAAAGCUUGGCACUGGAGAUUUGAAGACACUUUUGGAAUUGAUCUGUAUAAUCUGUUUCUGAUACUCUUGUGCUUAGUGUGCGUUGUGACUCUGAUAGCUACAGAGCUCUGGACACGUAUUCAUUUGUUUGUUCAGCUAAAACGUGUUUUAUUAAUAAGUUUUCUCAUCAGUUUUGCAUGGAAUUGGCUUUACUUGUACAAGCUGGCCUUCGCGCAGCAUCAAGCAGAAAUUGCGAAAAUGGGGCAGUUUGAUAACGUCUGUGCCGAGAAGUUGGACUGGGGGGGAAGUCUUAUUGAAUGGCUCAGAAGUAAAUGGACGUUUCAGGACGAUCCCUGUCAGAAGUACUAUGAAACUCUGCUAGUAAAUCCUGUUUUGCUGGUUCCACCGACAAAGGCAUUGGCAAUUACUUUCACCAACUUUGUAACUGAGCCUUUGAAGCACGUAGGACAAGGUAUUGGUGAAUUCAUCAAAGCGCUUAUGAAGGAGAUACCGUUUAUUCUGCAGGUUCCAGUGCUAAUUAUGAUGGCUCUGGCUGUCCUGGCUUUCUGCUACGGUGCGGGAUCAUCAGUGUCUGUGUUAAGAUACUUAGUAAUGUUUCAGAAGAAAAGUCUUCCUCCACCUGACAGCCAACAGGAGAAAAUAGACUUUGGGCAAUAUGAUGGGAGUAAAUCAGACGGCUAUUAUGUGCAGAAGCUUCCUUAUGUUUACAGAAGACCUCAUGACAGAGGAGAUGCUCCUGUGAGAGCAGGAAAUGGCAGCAGAAGUCCCGACAUCGUGCAUACAAGCCGUGAGCCAGAUACGCAAGUAGAAGAGUCUCACAAACCAGAACCUGGUAAUAGAUGGCACACUGAGUCUGAAGUUUGUAGACUAGAAACUAUCACAGCUGAAAACCUUACUGAAGAACGCGCACUUGAGCAGCAGAAACAGGAGACGGGCAAAGCAGAGCGGGAGACUGGAGAAAACGGUGAUCCUAAUAAAAACCUAGAAGGGAAAAGUUCUGCACUGGAACCCUGUGAAGAGAAGAAAAAGAGCAGUUCACGUGACUCACAGGAAGGAGACUAAGGAAGCCCCAAGCUCGGCUAGGAUGUGGCCACUGA